CUAAGAGUCGAGGCUCAUCUGCAGCAAGAUCAGCGGCAUUUUUCAAAAUUUGUUGCAAGUUAUUGAGGAUUUUACGUUACACUCGAGUAACAGGUGGGCGUUAGAUGCUUUUGAGGAGGAAAUGUGACUCUUUUUGAGCGGGAGCAGACAGGCAGGUAUCCAGCGGCUAGUCGUGUGGUUGAGAGGGGCUUGUUUGAGCACCACGGACAGCUCCUGGCACGCUGCACAGCUGCACGCUGUGCAAACUUCAGGGAACGACCACUCGCCUCCUUCAUUGAUUCAUCCAGCCAAAGCUCCGCUGUAGUUCACAGCCGCACUGGAGCUUUUAGGCUUAAAAAAGUGAAACGCUGCUGCUGAGGAUAUGAGCUGGCUUCAUUCAUCCCACGGGAGCGCUGCAAACUGAUCCCCGCACAGGCUGAAAUCUACCAAAACCCUGAAGAAGAGAAGGGGGAGGAGGAGGAUGGCACUGGUGCUGUAAAUGGCCUCUGUCAGAAUAAAAACACUGGUGCUUUGAGAGCUGGUGCUGCUGCACCUCACUGUACUUUUCUUCAGAACCGCCGUCAUCAAAAGCAGAGCAGACGCUGACCAGAAAACAAAGGCGGGGACGCUGACCUCGCUCUGCCCGGGGAUAUGUCAUUGGGGAGGUCCCCUGUGUUGAGGGUGCGCCCUGUGCCCCGACCCCUCUGGCUGUCCCACCUCAGCCUGCUGUGCAUAUGUGUGUCUCUCUUUGCCCAGGCUCCCCAGGGUCUGCCUGUGGUGGGUUAUAACACUGACUCCAAGAGGGAGAUCACACUGGAUGGAGAUUUGAUGAUUGGCGGCCUGUUCCCUGUGCACCAGAAGGGCGAGGGGGCAGAGGACUGUGGGAAGAUCAAUGCUCAGAGAGGGAUCCAGAGACUGGAGGCCAUGCUGCUGGCGCUGGAUGAAAUCAACAGGGAUGAGCACAUCCUGCCUGGGAUCAGACUUGGGGCUCAUAUAUUGGACACUUGCUCUAAGGACACCUACGCUCUGGAGCAGUCUCUGGAGUUUGUCAGGGCCUCGCUAACCAAAGUGGAUGACAGCGAGUACACGUGCCCUGAUGGCUCCUACGCCAUUCAUGAUGACGUCCCUCUGGCCAUUUCUGGGGUCAUCGGUGGCUCCUACAGUGAUGUCUCCAUUCAGGUGGCCAACCUGCUGCGACUCUUCCAGAUCCCUCAGAUCAGCUAUGCUUCCACUAGUGCCAAGCUCAGCGACAAGACCCGCUAUGACUACUUUGCACGCACUGUGCCCCCUGACUUCUAUCAAGCAAAGGCCAUGGCAGAGAUCCUGCGCUACUUCAACUGGACAUAUGUAUCGACAGUGGCAUCAGAAGGAGACUACGGGGAAACUGGUAUCGAUGCCUUCCAGCAGGAGGCUCGUGCCCGUCAGAUUUGCAUUGCCACUUCAGCCAAGGUCAGCCGCUCAAUGAGCCGCUGGAGCUACGAGAAUGUGAUUCGCUCCCUGCAGCAGAAGUCCAAUGCCAAGGUGGUCAUCCUGUUCACGCGCAGUGAAGAUGCCCGUGAGCUGCUGGUGGCAGCUAACCGCAUGAAUGUGACCUUCACAUGGGUGGCCAGUGAUGGGUGGGGGGCACAGGAGAGUGUAGUGAGAGGCAGUGAAGCUGUGGCGGAUGGGGCGUUCACUAUUGAACUGGCCUCCUAUCCGAUCCCCCAGUUUAAUGACUACUUUACUUCUCUGCACCCGUACAACAACACCAGGAAUCCCUGGUUCAGGGAGUUUUGGGAGAACCAGUUCCAGUGCAGCCUCCACGAUCUGGGCUGUGGAAAGCACUCACUCCGUGAGGUACCGUUUCAGCCAGAAUCCAAGAUCAUGUUUGUAGUAAAUGCUGUCUAUGCAAUGGCUAAUGCUUUACAUAACAUGAGGCAGGCCUUAUGCCCCAACUCCACCAAGGUGUGUGAGGCUCUUAAACCUGGCAACGGCAGGAAGUUUUACAGGGACUACAUACUCAAGAUCAAAUCUGAUGCGCCUUUUCGUCCACCAGACACAGAGAAUGUUCUCCGUUUUGAUGCCUUCGGGGACAGCCUUGGCCGUUACAACAUCUUCCACUACCACAAAGAAGAUGGACGCUAUGUCUACCGUAAGGUUGGCUACUGGGCUCAGAGUCUCACACUGAACACCAGCCUGAUCCCCUGGGCCGGUCAGAUGGCACCAACCUCACAGUGUAGUGACCCCUGCAGAAAGAACGAGGUGAAGAGUAUGCAGCCUGGAGACGUGUGCUGCUGGAUCUGUAUCCCCUGUCAGCCCUACCAGUACCUGCAGGAUGAAUUUACCUGUGCUGACUGUAGCUUUGGACUGUGGCCCCUCGCUAAUCUGACAGGUUGUUAUGAUCUGCCUGAGGAGUACAUCCGAUGGGAAGACGCCUGGGCCAUUGGACCCGUCACUAUUUCCUGUCUUGGGAUCAUGUGUACGCUCUUCGUCGUUGGUCUCUUUGUUAAACACAACGAAACGCCUGUGGUGAAGGCCAGUGGACGUGAACUCUCCUACAUUCUUCUCCUUGGAGUGUUGAUGUGUUAUAGCAUGACCUUCAUCUACAUAGCAAAGCCAUCAACCGCAGUUUGUACGCUGCGUCGACUGGGCUUAGGCACUUCUUUUGCUGUGUGUUAUUCCGCCCUCCUAACCAAGACCAAUCGCAUUGCUCGGAUCUUCAGCGGUGUAAAAGAUGGAGCCCAACGGCCUCGAUUCAUCAGCCCGGCCUCCCAGGUUGCCAUCUGUGGCGCUCUGAUCUCCUGCCAGCUGGUUGUGGUGGUGGUCUGGCUACUGGUAGAGGCCCCUGGAGUGAGAAAGGAAGUGAGCCCAGAGAAAAGAGACAUAGUCACCCUCAAGUGUAACAGCAAGGACUCCAGCAUGCUCAUGUCCCUCACCUACAACUGCAUCCUCAUUAUCCUCUGCACGGUUUACGCCUUCAAGACCCGAAAAUGCCCUGAGAACUUCAAUGAAGCAAAGUUCAUUGGGUUCACCAUGUACACCACCUGCAUCAUCUGGCUGGCUUUCCAACCUAUUUUCUACGUUACUGCCAGUGACUACAGGGUGCAAACCACCACCAUGUGCAUCUCCGUUAGUCUGAGUGGGUCGGUGGUGUUGGGCUGCCUUUUUGCUCCAAAGGUCCACAUCAUCCUGUUCCAGCCUCAGAAGAAUGUCUGCACCCUCAGAGUGGCUACCACUCGCUUCAGCGUCACCACCGGCCCAGGUUCCAGUUUCUCUCAAGCAUCAGCCUCCAAUGUUGUUCCAACAGUGUGUAAUGGGCGAGAGGUGGUGGACUCUACAACAUCGUCCUUGUGAAGAUUAGAUGAGUUCCUUUGCCAAGCAUUGUAAACAGAGUUAUAUAAUCACUAGUCAUGAACCAGGUGUCUCAGAUAUUAAAGAGGUCACACAGACGAUCGUCCUGACUUUCUUGUCCUCAAAGUGCUGUGAUUACAAUGUCCCAAUUAUUUUAUUUUGUUCUUUGGCUCGUAGCGAUUUUAAAUGAGAUGCCGAUCAAUUCUUAUAUAGCCCUUGUUUUUAUUGAAGAUUCUACUUGCAACAAUGGAGUAAAAUAUAGUAAAUCUGUUAAAUGUAAUAUAUACAAGACGUUUUUAAUGUAGAUUUUGGUGAACCAGUUUGUGCUCUAUUGUAAUUUAUGUAAAUAAAAUGUGUUUUCUAUUAAUACUAAGAUGACUUGUAGUCUGACAAUUUCUUUGCAGACAAUAAAAGAUGAAUAUUGUAGA